AUGUUAGAGUUUGCAAAACAAAACAACAAAUAUUGUAUUUCAGAUACGGACAAUAAGAAGGAGUGUGUUUGUGAAAGGUGCGGAAGAACAUUCCAGUCCAGGUCCGGUUUACACGACCAUAUAAGAGGCGUCCACCUUGACACAGCACCAUACAAAUGCUGCGGAAAGUCAUUUUUCAGCAGAACGAAUUUGAAACGACACAGAUGUUCCGUUCACAAAGAGGAAAAAUCUGAAAAAUGCGAGCUCUGUGAUUACACAUCUGCAACAAAAGGUGACUUGAAAAAACAUCAUCGGGUUCACGAGCCACCAAAGUACAAAUGCAAUGAAUGCAAAAGACUAUACAAAAGCAUUGAAGACCUAAAAGACCAUAUGGAUACUCAUCAGGGUGUGAAAACACAUCGGUGUGGCUGUGGAAAAUUGUUCAGAUACAGGUCUGGUUUAUCCAGGCACAAGUACAAAUGUGAAGAAAAAGUGUUGUGUUUUGUUUGAUUAAAAUAU